CUGUUCGCGUCGUCGUUUCCUCCGAUCUGAUCGAGCGGGCAUCUAGAUUUAAUCGAUUGGAGAAGAACAAUACGAAAGAGGGAAAAACAAGAAUUUAGCUUAGUUUUCGUUACUGUUAGCUGCGCGAAGAUACCGUAACGUUGUACAAUAAAUUGUGAUUUAACUAAAGAGAUUUCCAUCAAAGUAGAAGAUGUCGAAUUGGUAUCGUAGCUAUACGCCCAGUUGGCUCCAACGCUGGUGGCAUCCUACUCCUCCGCGACGUCCAGUGAAUCCGUUUCGCAGCACUCGACCUGGCCCAGACAUUGAAAAUUUGAUCGAUUCACCUAUAUUGGGCGUACAGAGAGUUGACUUUUGCCUGGAGGAUAAUCACGAUGAGCAUCACACAAGUCAUUUCUAUGCCGCAGCCGCUAAGGAGGCAUUGAUUGUGCGUCGUGGCGAACCUUUCCGUUUGCGGAUUAUUUUCCAUCGCGAUUAUAGUCCCAGCAAGGAUGCAAUCAGUUUCAUUUUCAGUGUGGCCGAUGAUAGCAAGCCAAGUCCUGGACAUGGAACAUUGACUGCGCUGGUUCCGCAUGAUGGCAUUGAUUAUUUGGGCGAUUCCUUGGAAUGGGGUGCGGGCAUAGAAUCGCAUGAGGGUCAGAUUUUGACGGUCUUGAUUAAACCACCUGCCACUUGCCCGGUGACUGAAUGGAAAAUGGAUAUUGAUACCAAGUUGUUGGGAGAUGGUUCCAGGAGCUAUCCUUUACCUUUACCCAUUCUUAUUCUUUUCAAUCCUUGGUGUCCCGACGAUCAAGUCUAUAUGGAGGAUAGAGAUAAGCGUAAAGAGUAUGUGAUGCACGAUACCACUUUGAUUUGGAGGGGUUCGUAUAAUCGGCUGAGACCUUCAGUAUGGAAAAUAGGACAAUUCGAGCGUCAUGUCCUGGAAUGCAGUUUGAAAUUGCUCGGAACUGUGGGACGAAUCCCGCCAGCAUAUCGUGGUGAUCCUGUUCGAGUGGCACGAGCCCUCUCCGCCCUGGUCAAUUCUGUAGACGAUGAUGGAGUGCUUUUGGGCAAUUGGUCGGAGGACUUUUCCGGUGGCGUUGCCCCCACCAAAUGGACUGGAUCAGCGGAGAUUCUCCAGCAAUUCCAUAAAACUCAAAAAUCUGUGAAAUUUGCCCAAUGUUGGAACUUUAGCGGUGUCUUGGCCACCAUAGCCCGAAGUCUGGGUAUUCCAGCUCGCAUUAUCACUUGUUAUUCUUCGGCUCAUGAUACCCAAGCUUCGCUCACGGUGGAUGUUUUCAUUGAUUCGAACAAUAAGAAAUUGGACGCGGAGACCACCGAUUCGAUCUGGAACUACCAUGUGUGGGAUGAAUUGUGGAUGCAGCGGCCAGAUUUGGGUAUUGGCCAGUUUGGUACAUACGAUGGGUGGCAGGUGGUCGAUGCCACUCCACAAGAGCCUUCUGACAACAUGUAUCGAGUGGGUCCUGCUUCUGUUUUGGCUGUGAAACAUGGUGAGAUCCUAAGACCCUUCGAUGGUGGCUUUGUCUACGCGGAGGUGAAUGCGGAUAAGCUGUAUUGGCGCUACAAUGGACCCUCACAGCCUCUGAAAUUGCUGAGGAAAGACACUCUGGCCAUAGGCCAUUUGAUAAGCACCAAAGCUGUGCUGAAGUGGGAACGAGAAGAUAUCACCGAUAGCUAUAAAUACGCCGAGCGUACGGAGGAGGAACGCAACUAUAUGCUGAAGGCUCUCAAGCAAUCUCGUCAUGCCUUUAGCCGAUAUUAUCUGAAUGAUAAUUUCAAUGACGUUGAGUUCGAUAUGGAAUUGAAAGAUGACAUCAAAGUGGGUGAGUCAUUCAGUGUGGUCCUAAAGGUCACCAACAAGAGUGAGGAGCGAGUCCAUUUGGCGACUGGUCAAAUCAAUUGCGAUGCCAUACUCUAUACGGGAGUGGGAGCCGAAGAGGUCAAGACCAUGGGCUUCGAAUUGGAACUGCAACCCAAGUCCAGUGACUAUGUUCGCAUGGAAGUCAUCUUUGAGGAAUAUUAUGGCAAACUCUCCUCCCAGGCAGCCUUCCAAAUCUCAGCUUCGGCCAAGGUCAAGGACACAGACUAUGAUUACUAUGCCCAAGAUGAUUUUCGUGUACGCAAGCCGGAUAUCAAAUUCCAACUGGGUGAGGAUAGCAUAGUGGCCAAAAAGGAGAUGGAUGUCAUUGUGAGAUUGACCAAUCCACUGCCCAUUCCCUUGCAUAAGGGCAUCUUUACUGUCGAGGGUCCUGGCAUUGAGCAGCCCUUGAAGUUUAAGAUUGCCGAGGUACCAGUUGGCGGCACUGCAGCAGCCACCUUCAAGUAUAUCCCACCCUACGCUGGUCGUGGAACUUUGCUUGCCAAAUUCUCCGCCAAGGAAUUGGACGACGUCGAUGGCUAUAAGCACUAUGAGAUUGAACCGCGUCCGGAGGACGCACUGCAGCCAAAUGGCAGCCAUCGAAGAAGUAAUAUCAUAAGGCGACGCACUGAUGUUAUAGCCUAGACUCAAAUCUGAAUUUCAUUUAUGUUGCAAAUGUGUAGUUUUUAUGUAUUCUUAGUUUAAGAUGAACAUAUUUAAAUAGAGUUAAGAAGAGAAAAUGAA